AUGCCAGGUGUGGAUAACAUACAACGUUUGAGCUACGUCUCACUCACCACGACGGAUCAGGACAAGUUUUUGCAGCUGUACAAAUUUUAUUCAAAUUUGGGCUUUAGAUUAACCAAAAACUUUUCAAGAGUGACCACGAAUGGAGCUUUAGGAGCUUAUAAACCACAAUUGCAACUCGGCGUCUCUAAAGACUCGUUGAGAGAGGUAUGGCUUGAGUCGUACCCCUUACAGGAAGUUGAUGACAAUGGAAACUUGUGUCCAUGGCAAGAAAUGAAGGUUUACACUGGUGACGAUGGCGAAAAGUUGACCGAGUCUACCGUUCUUAAAAUCAGAUUGUCGAAUGAAAAGCAAUUGAAACCAACAGUAAAGAGAUUUAUCUUUUUCAGUACCGAUUUGAAAAAAGUGGAGACAUUGUUGAAAGAUGCCAAUGCUGAAGUGCAUAAAGAUAAUGAUCAUGUGUUUCAUGUUAUUGACCCUUUGGGAAACAUGUUGCAGUUUUCAAACACCAAGAAUGUGUUGGAACUGAAACAAUAUCAUUCGCCACAGGAGUAUAUCAAAGAGACCGAGACUGAAAUUUUGAAAAACACCCGCAAGAAACAGAUCAAAUCUGAGAUUGAUUUGGUUAUUAACCAAGAAGAUGCUUUUAUUGAUGGAGGAAAGAAGAAAAAGAUUGCGGUUAUGACGUCGGGUGGUGACGCCCCGGGAAUGAACCCGGCAGUGAGAGCAGUUGUCCGUGCGGGUAUAUACCAUGGAUGUGAUGUGUAUGCCGUGUAUGAAGGAUACGAAGGGUUGGUGAAGGGUGGAAGCUUGUUGAAAAAGAUGGACUGGUCCGAUGUUCGUUCGUAUUUAUCCUUGGGUGGUACUGCUAUUGGUACUGCCAGAUGCAAAGAGUUUAGAGAGCGCGAAGGUAGACUACAAGCUGCUUACAAUAUGGUCAUCAACGGUAUUGAUGCAUUGGUUGUUAUUGGCGGUGAUGGGUCGUUGACUGGAGCCGAUUUGUUUAGAAGUGAAUGGCCUUCAUUAAUCGAAGAAUUGGUAAAGACAGGAAAAUUAACUAAUGAGCAAACCAAGCCAUACCAGCAUCUUACUAUUGUGGGUUUAGUUGGCUCUAUAGAUAAUGACAUGUCAGGAACCGAUGUCACGAUUGGUGCUUAUUCGGCAUUGGAGAGAAUCACCGAAAUGGUUGAUUACAUUGAUGCCACAGCCUCAUCUCACUCACGAGCUUUUGUUGUUGAGGUGAUGGGUAGACAUUGUGGUUGGCUAGCUCUUUUAUCAGGGAUGGCUACAGGUGCUGAUUAUGUUUUCAUUCCUGAACGACCACCAAAGGCUGGCGAAUGGAAACAAAAUUUAAAAGAUAUCUGUACCAGACAUAGGGAGUAUGGUAGAAGGAAAACUACCGUGAUUGUUGCUGAAGGUGCUAUUGAUGAUGAAUUGAACCCAAUUACUUCGGAACAAGUCAAGCAAGUGUUGGUGGAGAUUGGGUUGGACACUAGAAUAACUAUUUUGGGACAUGUGCAAAGAGGAGGCACGGCCGUUGCUUCCGAUAGGAGGUUGGCUACAUUGCAAGGUGUUGAAGCAAUAAAGGCAGUUUUGGAUAUGACACCAGAUGCCCCAUCGCCCAUGAUUGGUAUAUUGAGACACAAACUAGUACGCUAUCCUUUAGUGGACGCAGUGAAGCAAACCAAGGCUGUUGCCACAGCCAUCGAAAAUAAGGAUUUUGAUAAAGCAAUGGGCUUGAGAGAUGUUAAUUUUGCCGAGUCGUACAAGUACUUCCAGUCGAUUACGCUCUAUGACGAUGGAUCAAAGAAAUUGGCAGAAGGUAGUAGAUUGAAUAUUGCUGUAGUGCAUGUUGGUGCUGCUUCAGCUGGGUUAAACGCAGCUACUCGGGCUAUUGCAUUGCAAAGUCUUUCACGAGGACACACGUUGUAUGCCGUAACCGAUGGGUUCUCAGGUUUGGUCAAGGGCCAAUUGAAAAAAUUGAAUUGGUUAGAUGUUGAAGGGUGGCACAGUAGAGGUGGAAGUGAAAUUGGUACCAACCGUUCAUUACCUUCGCAAAACUUUGGUGAAGUUGCCUACUAUUUGCAGAAAUUCAACAUCCAAGGAUUAUUAAUCAUUGGUGGAUUUGAAGCUUUUACUUCAUUGCAUGAAUUACACGAUCAAAGAGACAAUUAUCCAAUUUUCAAGAUUCCCAUGGUUGUAAUCCCUGCCACAGUUUCCAAUAACGUGCCUGGAACUGAGUACUCAUUAGGUUCUGACACAUGUAUGAAUGAGUUGGUUACUUAUUGUGAUGCCGUGCAACAAUCAGCAUCGUCGAGUCGUAGAAGAGUUUUUGUUGUUGAAGUGCAAGGUGGCCACUCGGGUUUUGUUGCUGCGUAUUGUGGACUAAUUACGGGUGCGCUAGCUACGUAUACGCCUGAAGCCCAAAUCACGUUGAAGGAAUUACAACGUGAUAUCAACCUCUUAUUCAAGGUGUUUCAAAGUGACCGUGGCGAGGAUCAUAAUGGUAAGUUGAUUGUACGUAACGAGCAAGCAUCAAGUGUCUACACUACUGAAUUGAUUGCUGAUAUCAUUAAAGAAAAUGCCAAGAGUCGAUUCGAGACACGUACAGCAGUACCGGGCCAUGUCCAACAGGGUUACACGCCAUCAGCGGCUGACCGUGUAUUUGCCGUGCAGUUUUCAUUGAAGGCCAUUGAGUUUAUCGAGGAGUACAACCGUUGUGUCGACAACGCCGAUAUAGUGGUGGAUAAAGAGGAUAAGAGCGGUGAUGACGAUGGCUAUGAUAUCGACUUUAGCUCUAAGCAUUCGCAAGUUGUCAUUGGCAUCCAAGGUGAUGCAUUACAAUUCACCAGUGUUAAAAAGCUUUAUGAUUUUGAGGCUGAUGUCAAGUUGAGAAAAGGAAAGACUGUGCAUUGGAAGAAUAUAAUUGAAGUGGAGGAUAUGUUGAGUGGCAAAUCCUUGUUGAAGCGUAAUGAACGGGGUUGA